UCUCUGCCUUCUUGAGGAGCCGUUGGGAGCCCGAGCCCGGCUAGGGCGCCCGACUCCUUUCAGUCCUAGGGAGCGUAACGCUGGUGGGGUGUGAGGCGUCGCUCGGUGCCGACCCCGGUCCGGUGGAAUGGGGAGUCAGUCCUAGAUCUGGGGAAACAGUUUUGAAAAUGCUGUCUGGACUCUUUCGAAUGCAUGGCCUCUUUGUGGCCUCCCACCCAUGGGAGGUCAUUGUGGGAACUGUAACUCUUACCAUCUGUAUGAUGUCCAUGAAGAUGUUCACUGGUAAUGACAAGAUAUGUGGCUGGAAUUAUGAAUGCCCUAAAUUUGAAGAAGAUGUUUUGAGUAGUGAUAUCAUAAUACUGACAAUCACACGCUGUAUAGCAAUCCUUUAUAUAUACUUCCAGUUUCAGAAUCUGAGACAGCUUGGAUCAAAAUAUAUUUUAGGUAUUGCUGGACUCUUCACAAUCUUCUCAAGUUUUGUCUUCAGUACGGUGGUGAUUCAUUUCCUUGAUAAGGAAUUGACAGGCUUGAAUGAAGCCCUGCCAUUCUUCUUGCUUCUGAUUGACCUGUCCAGAGCCAGCGCAUUAGCCAAAUUUGCACUCAGCUCCAAUUCACAGGAUGAAGUAAGAGAGAAUAUUUCACGUGGAAUGGCAAUCCUGGGCCCUACAUUUACACUUGAUGCCCUCGUUGAGUGUCUUGUCAUUGGUGUUGGUACAAUGUCUGGAGUGAGACAGCUCGAAAUCAUGUGCUGUUUUGGCUGCAUGUCUGUCCUUGCCAACUACUUUGUCUUCAUGACCUUCUUUCCUGCAUGUGUGUCCCUAGUAUUAGAGCUUUCACGGGAAAGUCGUGAAGGCCGUCCCAUAUGGCAGCUUAGCCACUUUGCUCGUGUUCUUGAAGAAGAAGAAAACAAACCUAACCCUGUAACACAGAGGGUCAAAAUGAUUAUGUCUCUAGGUUUGGUUCUUGUUCAUGCUCACAGUCGCUGGAUAGCAGAACCAUCUGCUCAGAACAGCACAGCAGAAAUUUCUAUGGGACUGGAUGAAAAUGCACCAAAGAGAAUUGAGCCUAAUGUUUCUCUGUGGCAAUUCUAUCUUUCCAGAAUGGCAAGUAUGGACAUUGAGCAAGUAAUUACCCUUGGUUUAGCUCUUCUCCUUGCUGUCAAAUACAUCUUCUUUGAACAGACAGAGAUGGAAUCCACACUGUCAUUGAAAAAUCCUAUAACAUCCCCAUUAGUGAUCCAAAAAAUAAAUCCUGAAAACUGCUGCAGAAAACAAUCUAUACCGUUACUAAAUAAUCCUAACUCCAGAAAAGUAGAUGUUCUUACUGCCAAAGAUAGAAAAGAUGAAACUAUAAAGCCUGUGCUUCCAGAGUCACCAGCAAAGGCCACAUUUGUGGUUGGUAGCUCUGCUCCUGAAGAAACAUCCUCAAUCAGCAAUAGAAAAGAGACUGGAAUUGAUUUGCCUAAACAGCAACGCUCUGUUGAAGAAUGUCUCAGCAUAUUUCAGAAUGGCAAGAUGGGUGUAAAGUUUCUUACUGAUGCUGAGGUUGUUAGUUUAGUCAAUGCAAAGCAUAUUCCUGCUUACAAACUAGAAACUUUGAUGGAAACCAAGGAACGUGGCGUGUCUAUUCGUAGACAAAUGUUAUCUCAGAAGCUUCCUGAACCUUCUUCCAUACAGUGUCUUCCUUACAAGAACUACGAUUAUUCUAUGGUAUUGGGUGCCUGCUGUGAAAAUGUGAUUGGAUACAUGCCAAUCCCUGUGGGAGUGGCUGGCCCCCUUCUUCUGGACAAGAAAGAGUUUCAAAUUCCAAUGGCAACAACAGAAGGUUGUCUAGUUGCAAGCACAAAUAGAGGGUGCAGAGCAAUAUGUCUUGGUGGAGGUGCCAGUAGCCGUGUUCUGGCAGAUGGAAUGACCCGAGGGCCUGUGGUAAGGCUACCCACUGCCUGCCAAUCUGCAGAAGUGAAGGCUUGGCUUGAAACACCAGAAGGGUUUAAGAUUGUCAAAGAUGCAUUUGAUAGCACAAGCAGGUUUGCUCGUCUACAAAGACUUCAUAUCUGUUUGGCUGGCCAUAACCUUUAUAUUCGCUUCCAAUCUAAAACUGGUGAUGCAAUGGGAAUGAAUAUGAUUUCAAAAGGUACUGAGAAGGCACUUGCAAGACUUCAAGAAGAGUUUCCUGAUCUCCACAUUGUAGCAGUUAGUGGUAACUACUGUACAGAUAAAAAACCGGCUGCUAUAAACUGGAUAGAGGGGAGAGGGAAGUCAGUGGUCUGUGAAGCAGUCAUUCCAGCAAAGGUUGUUAAAGAAGUGCUGAAGACCACCACGGAGGCCAUGAUUGAAGUCAAUAUAAACAAGAAUUUGGUUGGCUCUGCAAUGGCUGGCAGCAUAGGUGGCUACAAUGCUCAUGCAGCAAACAUUGUUACUGCCAUGUAUAUUGCGUGUGGGCAGGAUGCAGCCCAAAAUAUCAGCAGCUCAAACUGUAUCACACUGAUGGAAUCAGCUGGUCCUACCAAUGAAGAUCUGUACAUCAGUUGCACAAUGCCCUCAAUAGAACUUGGGACUGUGGGUGGAGGAACCAAUUUGUUACCACAGCAGGCUUGUUUACAGAUGUUGGGGGUGCAAGGAGCAAGUACAGACAACCCUGGAGAAAAUGCCCGUCAGCUUGCCAAAAUCGUGUGUGCUACAGUAAUGGCAGGAGAGCUCUCCCUAAUGGCUGCCUUAGCUGCUGGGCAUUUGGUCAAAAGCCACAUGAUCCACAAUAGAUCAAAAAUAAAUCUACAAGACCUUCAAAGAACAUGCACCAAGAAAGCUGUUUGAAUAUUGACAGAAACUUGAAGCAAAGCAUUGCUAUGGCAAAUCAACAAGUGAAAAGAAACAGCACAUGAUCUGUGAAAUUUAGAAGGAAGAUAAUAUUCAAAUACAGUGAAUUGUUGGAAAGACACUUAAGAGGAUCAGUGGACAUGUAGUCUACACAUGGCUUGCUGCAUCCUCCCCCCCCCCUUUGUUUGCCAUAAAGGGAUGCUUCUCUAUGGGAAAUACUUCAGAUGGUUUUACUUUGGAAUGGGAUUCUAGCUUGUCUGGAUUUAAAACAUUUUAUAGAGUGGGGUUUCAGGUAGUUUAUCCAACCUAUCCAAAAAGACCAGCCUCUGUUCUUUUUGGAGUGAAAAGAAUUCUGGGUGGUCUACUACUGAGAAGAAAUACAAGUUCUGUAACUUAUUGUUUUUGGUACUGUUUUCAAACCAGUCUACUCAAUUAGUUGCUUUGCAAUGUUGUGUUGUGAUCACUGUUUCGGGCUAACCUGGUAUGUUUUGCAUAUAAAUCUACAACAGCCACAAUCUUGGAACAUAUUACCAUUCCUUUGGGUCAAGGAAAUAGCCAGGCUCACAGCUCUACCAAAUCUAUCUCAUGUAGGCAGGGUAGGGGGUUAAAAUGGCCUUCUGUGCUUUUUUGUUCGUUUUUUGUUUUCAAAUUAGUUGUAAUUGUCUUCAAGUCUGAUCUAAUUGCUUCUUACACAAGUUUUUAAGCCUAGGAUUUAGACAUUGGGAUAAUUGAAUUGAGUCACAAUAGUAUUAUAAGCCUCUUGGAGAGCUUCACUUUCUGUUGUGCUAUAUAUACAGCUUUUUCAUGUUAGUUCUCUGACCUUUGAAGAAUAUCAAUUUCUGCAAUACAAAUGAAGUUGGUAGAGACUAUAUUUCAAGGUAUAAAACCACUGAGUUAAAAUUCUCAGGUGUUUUGUCCAGAUACUUUGUUUAUCUUGCACAGGGGUGAAAAACUUACAGGUACAAUCCACCUGGUAGUUCUCCUGGUCAAGCCCUGUAAAAAUGGCUAGCAGCUGCUCAAAAGCACUGUAUUAAUUUCAGUGGUGCUUUUCCCAGGUGAACUUCACAGUGGACUGCAUUCUUUGUAAAGUUUAAAUGUUUAGCAUUGUUUAAUGGGAAUUAAAGAAAUUCAAAUAUGUGUUUACACUAUUUCUCAAUCACCACUAAAGUAUGGUGUGAAUUUCUUGACAACCAUUAAAUUCAUGCUUCUUUAGUACUGAUAUUUUAUUUCUUUUCCUGAAGAAAUUGUAGUUUAUUUGGGGCGGGGGGAGUUCCAAGUUGCUUAAUAUUUUAAGAAAUACUAACUACAGGAUUUGAUGAAAUGAUGUCAGAAGAAAAGUGAAUGCAGCCAAGCUAGCUGCAUUUUAAUGAAGCAGACCACAGUGUUACAUAGGAGAAUCAAGCUGAAGAAGGGGAGCAGGAGUACAGAUGCAUGUCUCAGCAGUUGAACGCAAUGAUGGCUCGCUGUUCCAAGCUGGUUUGAAGACUGGGGUCCUUGAGACUUCCCAUUGGAACCCAUUGCCAGAAUCCCUUUAUGCAAAUUCAGUAGAAAUGGUGGUACUCCUUAAUUGUUAAUACAAGUCUCUAAUUUGUAUGUAUUUGUUUCAUAAAGCUAAAGCAAGUCAACACCUAUUACUUGCUAGGCAUGUGCUGUGGCUACUUGUAAAUAGCAUCAUGAAUGUCAAUCUUCAGUAUUGUCCAAACAGUUACUUUUUUCUUAUUUAUGCAGAGUUUGAACUUACUGAUUUUAUUAUUUAAUGCAACACUGAGCUAGCAAUAAAUGGUUUGUUCAGUGUCCAUUUUGGUGAAUGUAACUGACAUUCUUUCAAAAAAACAGCAACCCAUUUUGUACUAUUACAAAAUUGUGUACAUUUUGGUACAAAUACUUUUUUCAGUUUAAGUAAAACAGUGCAAAAGCAA